AUGGAUGGCUUCUCGGCUAAUAUAUCUUUCAGACCGUCAUGGAACAACUUGGUUGACUUGCCCUCCAAUUUAACGAGCAUUCUCUACAAUGCCAGCGUUUCCCCGCAAGAAGUGAUUGUUGAACUUGUGCUGCAGUCACAGCAUAAAUCCUAUGCUGGGUGGUCUGGGAUGAGCUCUGCUGGCGUGUCCAACAUAUCGAUAGAUCCGAUUUUUGCCCACUCGUUAAAAUUGGCCGACAAGCAAUCCAUCAUUGUCAAUGUGAAAAUCCGAAAUCCAAAAACGUCCACAGUUUUCUUGGAACCAGAGACUGCUUCUGAUUGGGAGCUAGUGGAGCUUCAUGCAUCUUACAUUGAAGCCAAGCUUAUCGAGCAAUCUCGUUGCGUUGCGGUAGACCAGGUUCUAGUUGUUUACCCCACAAAAACGUCCUCGGUAAGGCUUUUGGUCAAAGACAUUCGGAUACCAGACUCCUCCUACGCUCUCAUAGAUCCGUUUGCAGAGAUCAAUAUUGCGCCAAAAGUGAGAGAAAAGAAGACAUCUGCUUCUGCUCAGUCUGUGAAAUCUACAAAGAGCUCGAAAUCCAUUCCAUCAGAAGGGGCCCAUGGGCCAAGCAUUUUGAAAAGGGGAAUAGCUCUUCCUCACGAAAUUUUUCAAGAAGAACCACAAGCGACAGAAAACGAUGGAUACGAGGUUUAUGCAAGAAUGGACGAGCUAGCACAUACAUUCGAACGUUCGCCAUAUGCGUCUGUAUCGAUAGUACCUGGACCAAACGCGAAGCAAAAUGUUGCACCGACAAACGAGAACGCUGAUGAAGAAAAAACGAAGGAGAAAUUGUCCCCGGUGACUGAAAACAAAAACAUCAUUGCUAAACUUGUCUUCACCAAUUGUGUCCCUUCAAAUACCGUGGGAUUGAGCAGAAAGUUAGCAGUAUCUUUGAACGUUGACUCCCUAGUAGGAUUCAAGGUUGUUUUACGGGUAGCCGGGAAGAGCCUUUCAAGGCGACCAGCCACUUUUCUUGUGCAUCCGUACAUUAUACAAAGUAAGAAGAACGACCUGCUCAAGUUGAACGCUCUGGCCAGCAAAAAUCAACAUGAAAAGAUAAACCAGAUGGUUUCAGAAUACUUAUUCAAUUCUAAAGACCCUAUAACCAAGUAUCCAAUCACAAACUUCACGAAGAUACCUGCUAUUCCCGAUGUGUUACCCUACGGAGGCAUUUUAAGCUUUGCAAGAAAGAGAGACCCCAAUGCUUGGAUUGAUCCUGAUCGAAAAUCUAAAUGGUCUGCGAAAAUUGAAGUAGAAGAAGAUGUAUUAAGAAGUGCUAGUUUUGUGGAGAGCCCGAAUACAAUCACAGAUCUUGAGCCGAUACACGGCCUGGAACAGAUGCUUGAGGAUAUUACGGAGCACUUGAGCACUUUCAGAAAUUCGGGAAUCUUAGUCCACGGAGCGUCAGGAAGUGGCAAAUCACUUUUGUUGAAAUGGAUUGCGAAACGUGUGAGUGCUACUUGUGGCAUGUUUAUCAAGUAUGUCGCAUGUGAGACGAUUAUGAACGAAACAUUUGACCAGUUGUCGGCUAGAAUAACAAAGUACAUACAAGAGGCAGCUUGGCAUGAACCUUCGUUGUUGGUGUUGGACAAUUUAGACAAGAUCUUACCAGCAGAGGCAGAAAAUACAGACUCUACUUCAUCAAAUCAAACGACAGAAUUUUUCAUCUCCAGCCUUUCGAAGGUGAUGGCACAGAACAAUACAAACGUGUCCUUGUUAAUCUCAGGCAUAGCCAGAGAAUCUUUUAACAAGUUGCUAUUCCUGUCGCAUUUGAUUGAAGGCUAUCACCACUUGUCACCUCCAGGGAAAGCAGCAAGACGUGCGAUUUUAGAAGAUUGUCUUGUCAACAAGCUUGGAUGUCAAAUACAGAUGGAUGUCAUGGAUAUUGUCCUGGAGAGUGAAGGUUACCUACCCAAUGACUUGAAAGUCAUCAGCGACAGGAUUUUCUAUGAGAGCGUGUUUGCAAGUCAAGGAUUAAGCAACGAAGCUAAUAUCAUCACCAAAAAUCAUGUUGAAAAGGCAUUUUCAGGAUUUCAACCUUCUGGAUUGAGAGGAGUGAAAUUGCAAAAAUCAUCUACUAGUUGGGCAGACAUUGGUGGCUUAUCAGAGGCAAAGAAAGUGCUUUUAGAAACAUUAGAAUGGCCCACAAAGUAUGCGCCAAUAUUUGCCAAUUGCCCCUUGAGAUUAAGGUCCGGUAUUCUCUUGUAUGGUUAUCCUGGUUGUGGAAAAACAUUACUUGCAAGCGCAAUUUCAGGACAAUGUGGAUUGAACUUCAUUUCCAUUAAGGGACCGGAGAUUUUGAACAAAUACAUUGGUGCUUCGGAACAAUCUGUUCGAGAACUUUUUGAAAGAGCUCAAGCAGCAAAGCCUUGUAUUCUUUUUUUCGAUGAGUUCGAUUCCAUCGCCCCCAAAAGAGGACACGACUCCACUGGAGUAACAGACAGGGUUGUUAACCAGUUGUUGACCCAGAUGGAUGGAGCAGAAGGUCUCGAUGGUGUUUAUGUGCUUGCAGCUACAAGCAGACCAGAUUUAAUCGACUCAGCGCUUUUGCGUCCUGGCCGUUUGGAUAAGAGCAUCAUUUGCGACAUGCCUUCUUUACAGGAUAGAAUUGAUAUACUUAAAUGUGUUAGUGCAUCAAUGCAGUUGCAAGAGGACGUGGAUCUUGAGUUUGUUGCCAGCAAAACCGCAGGAUUUAGUGGAGCCGAUAUGCAAGGAUUAGGUUACAACGCAUAUUUGAAGGCAGUACAUGAGACAUUGAUGGAGCAAGAAACAAACGUUUCCGAAGAGGGAAACUCCCUGAAUAAUGUGUAUGACUUUUUCCAAAUUAGCUCUGAACAGUUAAAGAGUAACAAGGUACGGCCGGCAGAGAAGUUGAAGCUUCUCCAGAAAAUUGAAAAUCUAUUCAAUCUGAAAAACAUAGGAGACAAGACUGUCAAGACGAAAACGAAGGCGCAACAGACGGUUUUGAUUAAACAAGAACAUUUCUUGGAAAGUUUAAAAGAGACUAAACCUUCAAUUUCUGCUUCAGAAAAGGCAAAGCUUGAUCACAUUUACACACAGUUCUUGACAGGAAGAGAUGGGAAAAUGCCCGAUGGCAGUGCGAGCAACGAGAUAGGUGGCAGAACAACUCUUAUGUAA